GAAAUAGGGGAAAAGGGGGAAAGAAAACAUUGAAAUUGAAAAUUGUUAGGGAAGAAAGUCGCCCUCAACAAAUUUUUCCUCUGAACCAAACAGCGCCUUGGAAUUUUAUCAUGCGAUCAUGAUGAUCUCAUCGGCGAACAACGAUCAGAAUGCAAAGUCAAACGUACACUUCAAUGCGCCUAAACUUCACCCUUUCAACAGGGUCCAGUUUUAGAGAGAGAAAGCCAGAGGAGAGUGUUUAGAGAGAGAUGAGUGUGAUCGAUUUGAUCGAGCGCGUCGAUGCGAUCUGCAGAAGAUACGAGAAGUACGAUCUCGACAACCACAAUGAAGCUCUGGGAUCUCAAUACGACGUCGUCGAGGCCGGCAUUGAAGCCUCUCUCCAGAAAUUGGAGGCUGCAACAACAGAGGAAGACAGGGCUUUUGAUGUCGCAAUGAAGGCCGACGUUCAACAAACUAAGGCCUAUUUGCUGGAGGAGGUUUCCGAAUUGCAGAAACUUACUCUUGAAAGGGUCAAUGUGCUUUCAAAAGAAGAGUUUGUGGCUCAAAAUGAUUUAAUAUCUAUGCUAAAAGAGAGGAUUGAAGCAAUUUCAGAUGGGAUUGCAAGGGGGGCUAAACAAACUGGUGGUUGGGCAACUUCAGCAUCGCAUGAAGGAAUUAAAAUUGGCUCAACUUCAGAUAAGAGAUUUGGCAGUAAUUACUGUCAGCAAACUGAAGAGUCUAUCCGAUUUAGGCAGGGAAAUGAAAUGCAGAAAAUGAAACAGGAUUAAGGUUUGGAUGUGAUAGCAGGAGAUUUGGACACAUCGAAAAACAUGGCUCUUGAUGUGAAUGAGCAUAGGUCCAGUCGCAACUUCUUCAUUGAUAUCAUCCCAUGAUGUAUGAUUCUCGGAGUCGCUUCCUAUGUAUGGUAGUAAGUGUAUGAAGUAGUGAGAUCAGUUUCAAGCUACAACAUCAGAUUUGCCAACACUUCUGGUAUAGUUUCUGCAGGUUGAGGAAUCACUUUGUGCAUGUGAUUGCACCUUCUUUCUGCAGUUCUGAUACUCAAAGUUCUGCAGCUGGUUUUAUUUUCUCUUUUCUGCUGUGUUUCUCUUUGGCUAGCAAAUGGAGCAGUGGAAAGUCCAAACUUUGUGUAUCAAAAUAUCUUACUCCGGUUGAAAUUUUGAAAUCAUAUAUUAUGAAAAGCCAAAGUAAUUCUCGUA